AUGCCCAUAACAAGAGCUGUUGCUGAUGCGCUUGGCGUGGUGACAAUCUGUCUGGUGGCCGCACUUGUCCUUGUGGGCCUAUUUUGCAUUGUAUACUCCUUUUAUUUCCGCAGCCUCGUCCAGCUCAGCUACUUCAGUGGUCCCUGGAUUAUCCGCAUCACCUACAUUUUCUUUUCCGUCUGGUGGGGUAUUGGUGAGAUAAUCCGGCUUAAUAUCUGGAGGCAUGACGGUAGGUCCCUCGACAGUUGGCGGGAUAAUGUCUGCAAAUGCUACAUAGUCUCAAACCUGGGAUUUGCGGAGCCGUGCCUCUUCAUAACUCUCAUUUUUCUCCUCCGCGCAUCCCUGCAGAGUUCAGGCACUUUGGGCCUCAAAUGGAACGUGAAGACUGCCGGCUUCUUGCUCCUCUACGGUCUCCCCAUGUUCAUUCUCCAGCUGGCGGUCAUCCUAAUCGGGCCAGAGUACAGUCGGGACCACAACCCCAGAUUGCCGUCUUAUUUCAUCCAAGCAUCUGCCUUUUCUUCUUCCGAAACAAAUACUAAAGUCGCCUUCUGCACUUACCCAUUGCUGAGCACUGUGUUUCUCGGCCUGUUUGCGACCUUCCUGAUUGCGUACCUUUUCUGGCUCGGCGGGAGGAUUCUUCAUCUGGUAAUCAACAAGGGCUUGCAGAAGAGGGUGUGUACAUUGAUAUUCUCGAUUUCUGGUUUUUUCCUGCUCAGGGUUGUUUUGCUAGGUCUUACUGUGCUGUCCGACCCGGGGAAGCUCGUGUUUGAUGCAGUAGCCUUUUUGGCAUUUCUCUCCCUUUUGUGUUGUGCGGGUGUGGGGAUUUGCAUGCUCGUGUACCUUCCCGUUGCGGAUUCUCUGUCCUUGAGGAGUUUGGAGAGGGAUAUCGAGGCUAGGCCGGGGGUGAGUGAGGACAUUCUCUCGUUGCUGACUAAUCAGAGUCCUCUUGAAGGGAGUCUUGUGAGUGGUGGUACUCCCGAGAGGAACUCAUCCGCCUGGGGAAAAUGCGGGUCGAUAUCUUUUCAGGCUGUGGAGAGGGACGAGCCAAGCGGGUCGGGAUUUGUCGAGCUGAGCAUGUUCAAUCCUGAUCAGCAUUAG